ACACAGACUCUGUAUAGGAGCUGCGCUGGCCUGGGCCCUUCCCCAAAGGUCCAAGGGGAGAAGCAGCCAACAAGAGCCUGGUUGGAGUACCGGGGAUGCCCAUAGGCCAUGGAAGGAGUUCCGAUCUCUGGCACAGAACAAAUGCCAACAUGUUCCCCCCCAACCCCCACCUGAUGCCCAUCGCCCUCAGUCCACGCUGUGCACCCAAUGAAAUUUUUUAAUUGAAUGAAGCCAAAGAGGGAAGGGGGGGGUAGGGGGGGGGCUUCUUCCUAUGCAGUCUAAGGUCCUUUCCAAGCCUGAAGCUCCCUGCCCCCUUCUGUGGGAAGAGUCUCCCCUGAGGCCAAGGGAAGGGCCUUGGGAGCUCCUCUGGGCCCUCCCUCUCCCUAAUUCCCCACAGGUGCACAAAGAGGAAGUCUCCCCACCUUGGGGCUCCCACCUCCUGAAGGACCACAGACUGACCCAAGCAGAGACCCUGGAGUUAGAGAGAAUGGACCCUGGGACCCUGAGGUCCCCAUCCCAGGGGUCAAUAACAUUCAAGGAUGUGGCUGUGGACUUCACCCAGGAGGAGUGGUGCCUGUUGGACCAUUCUCAGGAAGAGCUGUACAGGGAGGUCAUGCUGGAGAACUUGCAGAAUCUACUUUUCGUGGGCCUAAAAGAGUUUACAAACUUAAAAAAGCAAAAGCGGUCCUUGGAUACAUCAUUUGUUCAUAACUGCAAGAUGGAUGAUAUUAGAAAUAUUUUCAAAAACAAAAACAAUGAAACCUCUCAACAGACCUGACACAGACAAGCUCAAGAUUCUCAUCACACUUUGCAACUCAUGUCAUCAGUAAAGAAUGGAGGAGUGACCUGAUCAACUUCUUUGCAGCUAGACCACAACUCAAACUCUGUGCCGGAGCUUUGUCCAUUGUAUUAGACAAUCUGUCUACAUUCCCCUUUCUAUCUUUCCUUUAAAAGCCAAUUGUUGAUUAUUCUGAUAAUUAUGUCAAUCUCUGGUAAUCUUCUAGAUAUUCUGUUCUCAUCAUUUUGUAGACACAAACUAUAAUAUGGUCAAUCUUGCUAAAUUGUACAUGCUAAGCUGAAAAACUAUUUCACUCUUUUUAACUCAUGCAGUAAUUCUCAAAGUGGAAUGUAAGUUUUCUUUUGUUCUCUACAAAAGAUAUUUUACCAGUUAGUGCAGACAUGAUAAACAUUUAUCUUAUUUUGUGAUAUAUUAUGUCUCAUACUCUAUCCAUCUCUCAGGAAAUGAAUUGCUUCAUUCUCUGUUGCCCUGCCAGUCCCCAAAGCUAGCACUCCCUUUAAAAAAAAAGAAAAAAGUCUUUUGGGAUAACAGCCCUAAUGCACAUACCUGCUUUCCGCUGACUCACCUGGACAGGAGCUCCAUUGGUCUUUAUCCUCUAGCAGCCACGGUGAUUCCCCUUGCUGAAAAUAGGUGAUAAAAUUUUCUCUGGGAACUGUAAGCCCUGGGGAUUAAGGAAGAAGUAAGAGAUCAAGGGGAAAAAAAAUAAAAAAUU